CUUCUGAUCAUUCGAUUGCAGAGACCUCCAAAUCUCUCAUGGAGGCAGAACCUUCAGCUUCGUCCAAGAGUGCAGCGACUAUGGCCAAACUGAAGUUGGCAGGGGCUUGGACGGGUGUUUUGGAAGUCGAACUUAACUUGUGGACGGUAUCCAUGUUGAGAGGAGAGGUCGCGAAGCGAUCGGAUUGCGGUCCCGAAUCGAUCAAAUUGAUUUGUGCUGGUAAGGUCUUGAAAGAUGGUGAAGGGAAUGAGAAACUAUGCGACUUGGGCAUCAAAAACAAUGCCAAGAUUCUAUCGACCAAAAUUCUGUCAGGUCAGACUUCCGGUGAUCAUGGUAAGUCUGCCAAGGAAGAAUUGAUGGCCGAGGAGGAGCGUUCUCAGCGACUUGCUCGAAUCAUGGCUGCAGCUGUUUCCUUGGCAAAAAGGAACCUGGAUGGUUCAUUACCGUUGGAUGACUUCAACAUUGAAUUAGAAGACCAGAGUGGACAGAAAGUGAAAUUGGGAUCCGAGACUGAUCAGUGGGGACUGAUGAUGGGUAUGAUGCUUCAUACAAAUGCCAAACAUCUCAUAAAAAGACAAAAAUACAAAGAUGCAUUAGAUGUGCUUGCUAUAGGAGAGGAGGCCUUUUCUCUCUGUGAUCCGAAGGUGAUUGAGAUGAUUGAUAAUGUCCCAAUACUCCAAAUAGACACAGUGUGGUGUUAUUUCAUGCUCAGAGACAUCUCAUGGCUCUCAAUGGCGGGAGUACGCCUUGCAAAAGCUAGAGAAGGACUUGAACGUGCUCAUGGGAAGGACUCCAGCCGUGUUAGGCUUCUUCAGCAAGGUUAUCAUCCAGAGAUUGCUCUGUAUCUACGACUAGAGCUCUUAGAAGGCGUGGUUGCUUAUCACAGUAACCAGUUUGAGAAAUCUCGAAAGGCAUUGACCUCCGCACAAGCUAAAUACCUUCAGCUUCAGGUACCAGAUGAAGCUUUGUCACUUCUAAUGAGCAUGGGGUAUAAAGAACGUGAAGUGAAAAGAGCAUUGAGAAUGACUAGUCAAGAUGUUCAGCUUGCUGUUGAUUUUAUUGAUGAGGAGAGGAGAAAAAAGGCACAAAGGCAUGAGGAAGAUAUUCAGCGAAAGAAGGAAAUCAUGGAACAGAAGCGGUAUGGAAUGACACCUUUAAAGAAAGCUGUGGAUCUGCAGAUAUUGAAGGAAUUGGUCUCCAUGGGAUUUAUGAAGGACUUGGCUGCAGAAGCCCUUAGAAGAAAUGAAAAUGACUUCAACAAGGCCCUGGAUGAAUUGACAAAUCCAGAAACAAAAUCUAUCAUAGAGCACUACAUUGAGUCAAAGAAGAAUAAAAGACCGAGACAAGUAGUAGAUGCUGCUAUCGAAGAACUUGUAUCUAUGGGCUUCGAAAGAUCAAGAGUGGUUGAAGCUGUGCGGACUUUUGGCACUAAAGAGCUGGCACUAAAUCAGCUAGUGGCGGAACCUGCAUCAGAUCUCACGGUCACAAAUAAUGAUGGUAUAGCGUCUGCCGCUCCAUUAAAUGAUAACGUGGGUUCAUCUAGCUUGAACAGCGAGGAUACUGUAGAAGAUCCAUCAGGAAUCGAUGAACAAGAAAGGGAUGUGGAAAUGGAAGAUACACUUGUGAAAGAAUUGACUGGAGAUGCAUUAGAAGAUUAUGAUAUUGAAGUUGCAAAAGAAGGAGAAGCUAUAAGUGAAUACUUGGCUCUGUUGACUUCUGUAGGCAAGCAGUGAAAGAGUUUCCAUCUAUUAUUACUACUUGGAUUCGUCAAAGCAUGCAAAUCAAAUUGUGUAAAUAGAAUGCCUUAACAUCACCUCAUAUCCUGGAUGGAUGCAACUUUAGUGUCAAAUAAAGUAGUUGUUUGGAAUGUCGAGGAUCUUGCUCCAAAUCAAUGUAAAUAGGGAUUUUUAGUAGACUGUCAUUUUCUUUUCCA